GGCAGUUUACUCCCCACUGUUGGGGCUUGGUACAGAGAGUGGCGAGAGAUCUUGAUGGUGUGACGCUUUGCGUGCGAGUGUCAGAGGGAAAAAGCUGCCGGAGCCGUUCUCCCCGGAGCCGCUGGACGUUUAGAGGUCAGUCACCUACGCAGACUCCAGGAUCCAGAGCAGGGCCAACAUCUCAGGGAGAACAAGAAGACGAGAGGCAGCAGGAGCCUGGUGCUGAGGCUGAGAAGAAGGUUGUGAAGUCGUGCGGGUGUGAAUGAGCGCCCUGUAGUGGAGCCGCUGAGAAGCUGUCCUGCCCAGACUUUGGUUCACAUCAUCAGUAUUUCAAGGAUCUUGUCUCCGUUCCAGAGGUCUGUGAUCCAGCACUGAGCGGAGACCAUGUGGUGUUUGGAGCUGCUUAUACCCCUGCUGUUGAUCAUCAGCGAUGCCAGUGGUCAGUGGAACGUCUGGGUACCUCGGGACAUCUCGGCCAUGACCAACUCCUGCGUGGUCAUCCCUUGCACCUUCAUGUACCCGUCAGGAAUCAGGCCAUACCGAGGCAUCCACGGCAUCUGGUACUUCGGCCAGCCCUACCCGCAACUCUUUCCCCCUGUAGUCUUCAAAUCUCGCACGGACGUCGUGCACGAGAGCUACAAGGGUCGCACCAAGCUGCUGGGCGACCUGCACCAGAGGAACUGCACACUGCUCAUCAACAACAUCGGCACGGAGCACUCAGGGAGAUACUACUUUCGUGCAGACCUGGGCGGAGCCAAUAUGUAUACUUACCCGGACUUUGCAGAGCUCAAAGUCCUGGAUCAGCCCAACAUUGAUGUACCGGAGGAGAUUGUCAGCGACGAGAGCUUGGAGCUCACAUGCUACGCUCCGGAUAACUGCCCCGACAUGACCCCAGAGAUCCAGUGGAUGUACACCGACUACCUGCCUGACCCAGAGUUCAGCUCAGAUUACCUGGAGGAGAGCAACACGGCGGUUCUGUCCAGCACCCUCACCUUCACGCCCAGACCCAUGCACAACGGACAGCUGCUGGGCUGCAGGGUCUACUACCCCAACACCACGCUGGUCUACGAGAGGGUCGUCUCUCUAGACAUUAAAUAUCCUCCACGCUCGGUGUGGGUCAACGUCUCCUCGGAGGUGAUGGAGGGCAGCUCUGUGAUGCUGCACUGUGAGGUGGACAGUAACCCCCCCUCCAGGAUCUCCUGGAUGUUCGGAGACCAGGAGCUGCUGUGGGACACGGCGUCCAAUGUGUCUCUUUCCCUGGACGACGUGACGCCCGCGAAUGAGGGGAUUUAUACCUGUGUUGGAGACAACGGCUACGGCAUCAUGAACACCUCCCUGUACCUGGCAGUCAAGUAUCCUCCUCGUGAGCCGGAGGUGAACAACUCCAUGACGGUGCUGGAAGGCACGUCUCUCGCUCUGCACUGCAGCACCCAGGGCAGCCCGGCUCCAACCCUCACCUGGCUGAAGGACGGCGAGCUGGUAGGCACCAUCACCGCUGACGAGCUGUCGGUGCUGGAGAUCCUGGAAAUCACGCCGCAGGGAGACGGACAGUACCGCUGUCUGGCUGAGAACGAGCACGGACGAGCCAGCAGCUCCCUGAACAUCACUGUGGAGUAUGCCCCGGUCCUUCUGGAGGAGUCGAAGUGCACGGUGGUGAGGGAGGGAGUUCAGUGUGUCUGCAUGGCCACGGGAAAUCCUGAGCCCACCAUCGAGUUCUACCUGCCCGACCUCAACAUCACCAUCAAUGAGACCGACGGCAAAUACAACUUCUACACGCACACCGACGGGCACACCUCCACCGGCAUGAUCAAGCUGCGGGAGAAAGGCGAGCGCAUGGACAACGGCGGCCCCGCUGUCAACGUCCACUGCAGCAUCUCCAACGUGUACGGAAGAGAGAGCGUGCUGCUGGAGCUACAGCAAGAGAAAAAGUACAUGAUGGCAGUUAUAGUGGGCACUAUUGGAGGAGUGGCGGUCAUUGCCUUCAUCAUUGCAGCAGUGAGAUAUGUUGGCCAGAACAACAAAAAAGAGAAUGGAAACCCUAGGCAGGACGUGGUCCUGGAGAACCCAGCUUUGUACUACAGCGCAGUCAAGAAGGACAAACAAAAUCUGAGGAAGAAAGUGCUUAAGACAGAGCUGUUGGGCUCAAAGUUUAACUCCAUUCUAGAAGAGACUACGGGAGAAGACGGGGAUUACCAACCUGUGGGCUCUAUGGCAGGACUGGAGAGGCAAGAGCUGAAUUACGCUGCUCUGGAGUUCAUCGGGGCCAGGCCCAGGGAGGGGGCCUCAGGGAGGGGGGAUGACGGCGGCAACUACUCGGAAAUCAAAGCCAAAUGAAUCGCGAUCCUUCCCUGAUCCCUCGGCUAUGCGAGAUGCAGUGGCAGCCCCAU